UCCGCUGUGUAUAUAAAUACCGUUUGUUACCCUCACGAUGUCAUUUUCGCUGCUUAACUUUGAUAGAAUAGUACUGUUAACAGUAUAACAACAGAAUUUUAUCGCAUACUGAAAAAACAGAGGUUCGGGAAAAUAUCUUGAGAAUAUAAUCAGGUCAUCUAACAAUCCAGCAUGCGGUAUUUAGUUCGAGACCUUGUGAUCGGCUCGGUGUGUGUGAUGGCCAUGAUAAAUCUAUCCGAGGCAAUGUACGGUCUCUGCUCGACUAACUGGUUUUACUCUGACUUGAUGUUUGAUUUUGAAAAAUGUUUGGAUAACAACGAGGAGUGUAAACUUCAAGGUGGUUCCUGUCACUAUGGAGUAGGCGAUCAUAACGAGGGCUGUGUCUGUCUUAAAGAAGUGUUUCGCGAGGACCAUUGGGAAUAUAUGACACUAACAAAGGACCACUUUAAUGGCAAGGGUCGAAUGUUUAAGGAUAUAUUUCCCAUCAAAGUAAACAAAGUCCCACCAAAGAAAAAGCCUUAAUUCGUGUGUUUAUGAUGUUAUGUUUUGAUGACGUACAUGCAAUAAUUGACGUCACGUAUAUAACACACUUCCUGACAACAAUCGUACAUGGUUGUUUUGAUUGUUUAAAUGUUUGAAUUUGUUUGUAAAUGAUAAUUGAUGACUUUUAUGCAUCUUAUGUCGUGAAAUCCAACCGGUGUUGUAAGAAAUGUAAUAAAUGAAAUCUGCUGUGAUAUAGUACAUUGACUUUAUUACAGACUGUCCUUGUUUACAGUAAUACAGCAUCUUGUAUCAUGUUAUUUAUCGUACCUAUUAAUUAUGUCAUAUCAUUUAGAAUAAAGUUAUGAAGUACAUAUAA